CCGGGUAAGGCGUGCUGGCUUUCCGUACUGAUAGAAGCGUGAAUGGUGAGACCUUCGUUUCUGCUGUGAUUAAAUUUGGGCUUGAAACUCUCCAUUUGAAGUUACAUAUCUAUAGUUACUGAGUCGUCGUGGUAAUGGAAAAUCUAUGUGUGAAGGUGCAUCAAUUGUCAAAAUCUAGCAGCUAUAUCAGCCUACUACAGAAACGGCUUAUGGCCCAAAGAAGGACUCCUGUACAGUAUGCUUCAUUUACAGAAGUUCAACAGCUCCCCGAAAAACAGUUUACUGCCAUAACAUUUCCUCUCCAAGAUCUGGCAAAAUUCUUGUCUCCUAAUGUGGACAGAUCAUCCUUCUGCAUUUUCAAACCUAACCAGAAGGACAUUCAGACAGCAGAGAGGUUUUUCAUUCCAUCACGUCAACAUAUCAUUGAUUAUUCCACUUCUGCGGUCCGGAUGGAUCAUGCCCCAGAAAUGCCUGAGCCUGAGGAGUCUGCAGAUGGUCCAGGAUUGAUCUCCAAGGGACUUUCUAUUCAAGUGUUAACCAGCGGAAAGAGAGAAAGGUAGCAUCAGAGAUCACCAGGAAGCUUUUUCCCACCUAAGAGAAGCAAGACAU